AUGUCCAAUAACUGCAGCCCAGAAGCCUCCAGCUCUUCUUCUCUUAGAAACUCUAGCCGUGUUCCUGUCACCUCACCCACUGGCCUUUGCUCUACUGAGACGAGGUGUAGAGAUGCCCCUUGCUCUCCUACCAACAGCCUGGGCAGCAACACAUCAUGUGACAACUGCCAUGAACCCUGCGGUGAUCAUAGGAGCUGCCAAGCAACCAGCUGCGAUGGCAACAUUGGCAGCCCUUCAGUAGGCUCUCCAGUUACUUCAGGGAUAUCUGCAUCCCAGGAGGGAAAUAGCUGUCUCCCUGUCACAUCCUGCAAUUCCAGCUGUGGCCGCACAACAUCCUGUAGACAACCUUUGAGCUGCUACCUUCCAAGUUACCAGUCUUACGGCUGUCAACCCUUGGGCUACCUGGCCUAUGGCCGUCAACCACUGAGCUGUCUUCUCCAUGAUCGACCACCACUGAGAAACCUGACCCAUGGAUGUCAGCCUUUCAGUUGCAUACCUGACUACUACAGGCCCACAAGCUAUACAUACGGCAGGUUUCAACCAUACUUCUCUUCCUUGAGUGGUUGGCGUUAUUCUUACUAG